AUGAUAAAAAUAGACAAGCCAAAGCCAAAAAAGAAGAGAAAUCUCAAAUUAUAAGCAAAAGAUGCUUUAUCUAAUGAAGUAUAGCAAAUUCAAGAAUUAGUCAAAAAUCUUGACAGUGGAGAUGAGACGGACAGCAUUUUAAAUCUUGAUCUAAGUCAUUAAGACAAUACGGCUAACUUAGAAGAGUUAAAAGAAAUAUAAAUUUCGGUAUCUUUAACUAAAACACCAAGCAAAGAAGAUAAAAGUAGUCCUUAAGAUUAAUAUGAAGAUCUACAAGCAAGUUUUAAUAAAUGCAAAAAUUUAACGAUGGUUUUGGCUAAGGACACCCCAACAAAGCCGCUUGUAAUUGAAAAUAUAUUUGGCAUGAGCUUGGGAUGGCCAACCGUUGAAAAUAAAAUAAGAAUAUAAAUACCCUAAAUUUUUCAAAUAUCCAAUAAUCUUAACAAUUAUAAUAAUAAGAUAGUUGGAGGUAACUAGUAAGAUUAACUCGCGCAAUAAAAGCAUCUAUCACAAUGA